AUGACAACAACAGAUAAUAAAAUCUUAACAUCAGCUAUUGAAAGCUAUCGUCGUUAUGCUGGUCAACCAACAUUAUCCAACAUUGAAUCUUGUCGUCAAGAUUCCAAUGAUGAAAUUGUUCAUUUAACACCUUAUUUUUCAACUAUGGAUCUCGUUAAAUUAGAAGAUUUAACUUAUACACGUUCGUUUACUUAUUCAUUAAAAACUCGUCAACUUUUAUUUACAAGUAAUGUGACACCGAUCAAUAAAAAUAUCGUUCGUCGUCUUGCUUCACCUGACGGUAAAUAUGUUGCAUUAGUAACAAAAGACACCAAAGGCGAACAAGAACUGCAAUAUGUUCAAAUUUGGCAUGAUGAACAUUUAAUAUUUGGUUAUGAAGUAAGCGAUAGUAAAAUAUCACCACAUGGAAAAAUUCUACCAAAAAAUGAUUAUGCAAGCUUUUUCGAAUGGAGUCCCGAUUCACGCCGAUUAGUUUUUACAGCCGAAGAAAAACGUAAACCAUUAAAAUCUUAUUUUACAGCUGACAAACUUGAUGAAAUUGGUGAGCCUGCAAGUGUUUAUCGUGAAAAUUGGGGUGAACAAAUGGAAGCAUUCGAAACGUCUGUUGUUUGCAUAUUUGAUCUUGAUACAAAAAAAGUUCAAUUAAUUGAAAAUCAACCAAAUGAUUUAUAUAUUGGUCAAUCGUCAUGGACCACAAAUCCCGAUGAACUGAUUUUUGUUGCAUUUCGCCUGGAACCCUAUCGACUUGGCUUAAUCUAUUGUGAAAAUCGGCCAUCAGCUUUAUUUAAAUGUAAUUGGCGAAAUAAUGAAUGGAAACAAUUAACAGAGUUCGAUCAAUUAUGUCGAUUAUUUCCACGACAUUUACCUAAAACGGAUAAUGAAUUUGUCUAUGUUCAAACGGAUGCGUAUCGAGCACAUGCACAAUGUAAACGAUUAGUACUGUUCAAUACGGAAACUCAACAAGAAAAAAUUCUUAUCGAUCGAGUAGAUAAUGUUACAUAUUCAAAUGCUGAUCCAUUCAAAGCUGAAUGGGAUACACAAUUCAAAGGUCUUUAUAUGUCUCCUCCGCGUCUAGGAUAUUCAUCAGAUGGACGUUAUCUUCUUCUUCCAUCAUUAUGUGGUUCACGAAAUGUUUUAUAUGUUUAUGAUUUCGUUGAACAAAAUAUCAUACCACUUGAUUCGCCAUUGGGUGUAAAUACAUCGAUGAUUGGUCUUGGUGUUUUUGGCCAUUAUGUUGCAGUGAAUGUUGUUGAUUAUCGUACACCCUAUCGAUUGUAUGUAUUCGAUUUAAAAUCAUUGAGCAAGAAGGAGAAAGAUCCUAGUGAUUGGUAUUUAAUUACUGAGCAUGAAUUCAAGACUGAAGAGAAAAAUAGCAUUGAAUGGAAUGUUGAUCGAUUUUUUCCUGACAAUGAAUUAAUUCCUGUUGAAUCAGUUUAUGUUCAUGUACGUGAUACACAAGCAAAACGACCAUUAAUGGUAUUGGUACACGGCGGACCAAAUUCAAAUGUUCCCAUGAAUUAUUAUAUUGGUGUUAUUGCAUAUGUUGCAUUAGGUUUUGAUAUGCUUAUUGUUAAUUAUCGAGGUUCAAUUGGUUUUGGACAAGCUUCGGUUGAUAAACUAUUGGGUAAUAUAUCAAAAACCGAUGUUCAAGAUUGUCAUGAAGCUAUUCAUCGUUGUCUUCAACAUACAGAACCCAGUCGAUCAGUUAUACUUAUUGGUGGAUCUCAUGCAGGUGUCAUUAUUGGUCGACUUAUUGGAGAAUAUCCAACGGAAUAUGCAGUUUCUGUCCUACGAAAUCCAGUUAUGGAUCUUCUUCAUACUUACAUAACAUCGGAUAUACCUGAUUGGGCUUUAGCUCAAUCUGCUAAUAUGCCAUUUGAUUUUGAAACUGGACGCAAUCGUUUUUCGAAUACAUCAUUGAUCACUUAUCUUAUUGAACGAUCAUCCAUACGUCUUAUGGAUCAAAUAAAAACACCUGUUCUAUUACAAUUAGGCAAGAAAGACAAACGUGUACCAUUUAGUGUUGGCCUACGUUAUUAUGAAUGUUUGAAAGCAAAUAAAAUUCCAACAAAAUUAUAUGUUUAUGAUAGUAAUCAUGCACUGAGUGAAACAUCGUGUGCAAGUGAUUGUUUUGUUAACACUAUUCUUUUUAUUCAUGAACAUUUGAAUUUAUCAUCAUAA